CACAGUCAAGUGUUACCUGUGAGCACAAUUACUCACUUAGUUAAAGCUUGGUAUGUGUACUGUGUACCUACCAUGCAGGCCGGCACUUAAUUAGCACACAUUCCACAAGCACACACAGUCACGCAUCAAGCUGUUGGUCAAUUAGAUAUUGUUUAAUUAGAUAAUUAGGCAUUGUCCAUUGAGUGACCUACGUUUUAUAGUCAUCUGUCAUCAGCUUUAUGUUGUCAUGUAAGAUCUGUGAUGCGAACAGUUAUCCGACUAAUUUCACUGUGUUUCUACUAGAGUACUUUGUUAAGCGCUGUACUUUUGAGCUCAUGUUACUAGUUUAGUUACUACUGUAGUAGUAGUAGGUUCAAUGUGAUAUUUUAGUAGCAGUGCUGUGAGUUUAUUGUUUUUGUGUGAGGGAUAGUCUCUGUGACAACAGGCAGCAGAGUAAAGCAGUAACCAUAGUAACAACUAGUGUAACAACUAGUGACAACAUGGGAUCUAGACAAAAGAGACCAAUGGCACUGAACAGGAAGUCCUCUAUCCUGUGCCAGCUGUACGAGAAAAAGCACUUCACCAGCAAAGAAUUCAGGAGACUCUGGGACUUCUAUGAUAAAGACGGUAGUGGUUUUUUGGAGUACUCCGAACUUGAAAGGUUCCUAAGGGAUCUCACAGAGGUAACUCUUGGAGAAGACGUUGACGAAGCAGAAUAUGAGAAGUUCAAAACCAAGAUUAUGGGAAUGAUAGAUGACAACGAGAACGGAAAGUUAGAAGCUAAAGAACUGUCCAAGAUAAUUCCGACAGAAGAGAACUUCCUGCUAGCGUACAGCAUACAAUCCCAGAACCUGGGGGCCCAGCUCUCCAGUCAGGACUUCUUAGAGAUCUGGUGCCAUUAUGACAAGGAUUGUAGUGGGUAUCUGGAUUUUACAGAGGCGAAGGACUUCAUGAAGGACAUGCUGAAAGUGAACAGUGUGAAAGUUGACCUGAAUAACGUUACCUACCUGGACACUUUCUUCAAAACAUUUGAUACUGAUGAUAACGGUGUUAUUGAGAUUGAUGAGAUGGCAGCUAUCUUCCCGGUAGAGGAAAGGUUUACGAAUGCUCUGAAAGAGAGGAAAAGAUUUACUAAGGAGGAAUUUGAUAGAUUAUUUGACCAGUACGACACCAACAAAUCAGGAAUGGUGACAGCUAAACAGCUCCCUAAAAUGAUUUCAGACCUGUCUAAGAUUAGUAAAACUAACCUCAACGAUAAGCAGGUCGCCGAAAUAAGCGGCAGGUUGAUACAGAUGUUUGCUAACAAGGACAUCCCACGAACAGAGCUGUCCCUCGUGAUAUCCUCCAACACCCCACAACACGGCGUCCAAUUCAAACGGGAAAUGAACGAAAAGAGGCAGUCGUUAAGGAGUUAAUUGAUGGACCAAUUAUUCAAUUAAAUAAUUAUCAAACCACAUUUCAAAUCAUGCCAGGACGCAGUAUUAUUUCCCGCUUGGAUCGAAUUUGUGCCAGAUAUACAAGUCGGAGGUGAGCAUUAACCACGUGACAGCGUAACCAUGGGAUACUGUAACCAUGGGAUACUGUAACCACGUGAAACCGUAACCAUGGGAUACCGUAACCAUGGGAUACUGUAACCACGUGACCCCGUAACCAUGGGAUACUGUAACAAGUAUAGGAUUCUGUUUCUACGUGAUACUGUAGAAUGAGUCAACUUGGAAGGAUUUCCAUAGGAUCCUAUAAAAUUAAACCGGGGAUAGUUUAACACUACAGAUUUGUGGUAAACGUGUCCUCCCUCCCUCCCUCCCUCU